GACGAAGAAGGUUAGGCGGGGGUGAAACCUUCUGCGUCGCAUUCCAUAGCCUAUCGCCACGAUGCAACGCCUGUGGGGUCUCACACUAUGGCUGAUGGCAUCUGACGCCGUCGUCGACAACGCCAUUUACAUGCCAUGGCGAAUCUCUACGACGGCUACCCCAUCGACAUCACCGCCACCGCCGUCAAAUAGUUACGACGUGCCGCCACAUACAUUCCCCCGAUGCGAGUCUGCGCGCCCCGAGGAUAUCACAUGUCACUAUCGCAUCCGGGUGGUGCUUGCCACAACGCUGGAUGCGACCGAAGUGUCAAUGGCGGACGCCUGGCUGGCCCGCUUACAGUCGAGGACAGAGGGCGAGGUGUAUAAAGUUGGUAGCCAGCAUUGCGCCAUAUCGUGGGAAACAGACGAAGUCUACAUCCCGACCAUGCCGACAGACCAUCCAUGUCGCUAUCGAAUCCCGGUUUGUACGGUGUUUGAGGCCACGGAGAUUUCUACGAACGCCACAUCUUCGAACGUCACAGGUUCCGAGGAUGCGCUUCUUCUUGGGGACCGUUUCCGUACGAUCAAGUCCCCAUCCCUUAGCCAACAUGGCGAGCCUUGCGACGUCGAUGCCAUGGUGGCUUUCUUUGGUCAAGCAUAUGACUACCACCACCUGGUCCAGUACGCCAAUGCUCGCGGCAUCCCAACCGCCCAAUUUUUCUUCCGCCACGCGGAGGCGCACCAGUUGUCCGAGUCAAUCAACGCUUGGACAAGCGAAGACUCUCUCUUCGAUGUCGACCUUCUUGGGAAAUUCAACCUCCACUACGCUACCGAGUCACCGUACCAAUGCGCGUCCGUCUUGGCUAAUGGCAUGCCCGUGCUCUACGUUGACGACGGAGGCAUCCGCCGCUGCAGCUGUCAAUGUCGCCACGGCUUUGAAUUGACUUCCCCUGGUCCAUCCUCCUUGGUGUGUGAAGAAAUUCCAGCAAUGGCCACCGACGAGUGCGUUUUCAACCACCGAUAUUACGCCUACAACAUCGACACGACUUUCGACCAUGACAACUGGAACCAGUGCCAUAUCAGCCAAGGUCAUGCCAUUCGACACAUGCCGUAUCCCACGCACAACCGCACGGACGGGAAGCUGUUGCAUGUGCAAGUUACAAGCCAAAGUAACAACACUUUGGUGUUUGAUCAACCAAACGUUCCGUGGCUGCCGCCAGGACAACACCGCGUCGACGUGUUGGCCCCAUUGGUCCUUCGUAGCCCUGGCGUGUACCUGCUCCAGGUCGACUGGACUAACUCACCUAUCGAAACCAACGACUAUUCUGUGCAACCUGCCAUCAAAGGCAACGGUGUGGCCUGUGACGCAUGCUUGGCCAUCACCGAUCGAUUUCGACCUGUGAGCAAUGUCAUGUGUCUAGCAGAUGCAGCAGCCCUCCACGAGCUCCCCCCGACAUUAAGUAGUAACGUGGCCAUACCCACUGCCGAGUAUUCUGUGCGCAAUCUCCUCAAGACCGACGCCUUCGUCACAGGUCAUUACGCAUAUGGAACGGACGUUCGAAACGACGUGUGCGGAAGCAGCGAAGGCGGUCGCUGCGACGUCCUCAAGCACACCCGCCGGGAUUUCUUUGAUUUGACUCCCAUCGACCAACCGUUUGCAGAUGGUCGCACCUGUCUGACAGACCCCGUGAAUGAAAGUACGUUGCGCCGACUGCAAGCAUCGCCGUUUGGCUCGGACUUGGAGCGGAUCCAGUUGGAUAUUCCGGUGCCCCCUGGCCAAUGCACUCGUUGCUGUACGUGGGAAACCACACUCAAGGAAUGGUGGGUCAACUACCAGUGUCCCCCGCAUUCCCCUUCAGCAGAACCACAAUGCAGUGGCAGUGGUGACUCUUGCGUGUCGUCCCAAUGCUUGGUGGGGUUUGGCCCCACGUUUUUUCAAGCUCGUGCUGCCAUCCACCCGACCGUUCAAGCUGAGACCGAGGCGAUGAUGUCGACCGUGUUCCCAGAUGUCGAGUACGGUCCAUCGUCAGAGGUGCAUGUCCUGCUCGAGUGCACUGCAUUUGGCCAACGAAACCCCAGUCAAAAAUGCUCGCACGGCGUGCCACUGAGCGCGCUCUUGACGUGGACGAGUGGCCUCAAUGACGUGUCUGUGGUUCGAACCAAGUCAGACCAGUCGUUUGUAUCUUGGCGCUAUCGCCUCAUCACCCUCCACAACUCUAGCACUUCAGUUGCGAUGACGUCAACCGGCGAUUCCAACUCCCCUCCCAGUAACAACGAAGGCAAUGUGUUGCCAUGGGCUAGUGUCGAUACGGAUUCAUUCGUGCGUUUUGACGCAGCCCGAUCGGUGGUGGAGAUGGAGGCGUGGUCUCAGUGCGGUCGAGUGGCGGCGUUUCAGUUUCAUGUGAUGCUGCAUCUCACGCAGGCCACGUCCACAGCGGACGCGUUCGAUCAAAUGUGGUACCAAACAUCGACGAGGGGCGUUUCGUCGCAGGGCCUUGUUCUCCCAGAGGUGCUGAGUCCGUUUCCAGAGAGCGCGUUUGCCGAGCUCACGUUUGACUUUGCCCCUGUUAUGGGCGUGGAGACUACCAGUUCUUCAUGGACGCAUCAAAAACAACCGUUUCCGCAUGUCCCGAUGUGGGUCUCCAUGGGCGUGCAGUGCACUGUGCAGUUGGGGGCGCGAUCCCCCGCGCUGGUCGUAACCUCCUCCAAAGUGAAUGUGUCGAUUGUCCAGCGAAUGGCCAUCGCCCUGCCUCGCUACGGCGACUCGUUCGUACAAGUAGAGUGCAAUUUCACGUACAAGCACGUGUACUUUUCGAAUCGGACACUGGACGUGACGAUGCUGCGGAAGCGGUUUUCUAUCCUGCCGCAAGUGGACACGGUGACGUUUGAUCAACCUGAAUGUGAUUUACACCGCGUGUGUCGAGGCCUGUUAGUGCAAUUGAGUGAAAGUGGCAACUCCACGGAAGUGGUCGACACCCACUUCACGACAUGUCGAGCCUCCACCGUGUGUGCUCCGCUCUUCUCGUUGCCUGGAGUAUCCCAAGAUAUUUCACAAUGUGUGCUGGAAUGGGAUAACGUUACACUGCUUCAACGAUGGGAGCAGACGCUACUGUGGUUUGCCAUGCCUUUGGGCUUGUUGGGGCUCAGUGGGGUAUUGAGUGUCGUUGUGGUAGUGGCGGCAGCAUGGCGGAAAGCCCGCCGCGCAGUUGGCGCACCUGGCUUCGACGAUGACAUGUAUUAUUAUUAUGCACUGGACAUUUGAGAGGCGUUACUCGUAUAAUUUAAUGAACCCAUUGUGUCAACAGUGA